CGGUGCAGGAGUCGGAGAGCAAGAGCAUCCAUGGCUUCUCUGCCCCAGCCAUCGCCGUACGGCAGCAGCUACUAUCCUUCCGCCGGCUCCGUCCGGCACACCGGCAGUCCGGCGCCUGACGAGGGCGGAGGCUCCUUCGGGCCGGUGCUCGUGGUGCUCGCUGUCGUCUCCUUCCUCUCAGCCGCCGCGUGCAUCGCCGGCCGGCUGUGCGGCCGGAGGUCGUCGUCGUCCUGGGGAAAGUCGUCUGCAGAGCAGCAGAGCACUGCAGACACGGAGAAGGGAUUGGGUACUGCAAAGCACCCGGCGGUUAUGAGGCCCCUGCCGAGCUCCCGCGCCACGGUGCACGACAUGGACGACGACGACGUUUUCGAGAUCAAGUUCGCGCAGGUGAGGCCGCCGGCGGAGUGGGAGAAACACGGCGCCGGUGGCGGUGGCGGUGGCAGAGUGCCAGCGCUGCCUCAGCCGCUGCUCUGCGCGCCCCGGCAGUACGCGGCAGCAGGCUUCAGGUGCGCUCCGGCAAACGGCGCCGGUGUAGCAAGACAGGCGCAUCCACCGCAGGUCAGGGGUGCUGGAGAUUCGUGCACUGCUCCUGCGAGGCCAACAAAGUAGAUGGUCGCCGCACGAUGUUUCUUGAUAGUACGUUCCAAUAUACUACUACUAUUAACUACAGCAUCCUGUAAUAGUCUGUGAACAUUGAGUUGUGCUUCUAGUUUCGAAAUUCGAGGUCGCGUUUCCAGUUACAGUUUAGCCAUGGAUUCGAACGAGGGGAAUACGUGGUCCUUGUGAUUCUGUAAGACUGAACUAUUUGCGAAAUAUUUAUACA